AUGGCUGCUCCGGGCACCACAGCGGCUCUUCCUCCAGAUGUCAGUCCCGGUUUCGCGGUGGUCUGCUCGUUUUUGGAGCGCUACGGCCCUGUUCUGGAUCUGCCCGAGCUGACGUUCCCCCAGCUGGAGCGGUACUUACAGGAGACAUCCGCGGUUCCUCGGCCGUUGAUUGAGCUUCAUGUCAAACUGCUGCGCAAAAUCGGCAAGACGGUCACGCCAGAACGAUGGGAGAAGUAUCUUGUAAAAGUGUGCCAAGAAUUUAACAGCACCUGGGCAUGGGAAAUGGAGAGAAAAAGCUACCUGGAAAUGACGGUAGAGUGCAAGACUGGCAUUUUAAAGUACUUGUGCGAGUGCCAGUUUGAUGACAAUCUCAAGUUUAAGACAUUAAUCAACGAGGAAGAUCCGGACAAGAUGCGUCUACAGCCCAUCGGUAGAGACAAGGAAGGUCUUCUCUACUGGUUCCAGCUGGAUCAAGAUCAGAAUAUACGUGUUUAUUCUGAAGAACAGGACGAUUUGGAUGGAUCCUCAUGGAAAUGCAUUGCAAGGACUAGGAAUGAUCUUGCAGACACACUAGAACAGCUUAAAGCCAAGAUCGAGCCAACCGAGGCCGACCAAGAGAAGCAAGACUGUCCCACCAGCCCAAGUAUGGAGGCAGAAGCUGUUAAAGGUGAGGUUGAAGACUUGAAGAACCAUGUGUCUGGACAAGGAGACUUUACCGACAGCACCUUGAAUUCUAAUGAAAGUGAGUUAAAACCUAAAGAUGUUAAAAAAGAACCACCAGUUCCCAUUAAACCAGAGAAAGAAGAGAAAGUAGCUGAACUUCCUAAUCCAAGAGUGGUCAUCGACAACAGGGUUAGUACGAUCAAAACUCUCAUCAAAGAAGAACCAAAAGAUUGUCCCAAACCAUGGAACGCCAUUUCCGUCGUCAUGCCCCCUGCUUCCAUCAAACACGACCCGGCGGUGAAAUCAGAAACGUGUGAAAGCAAGAAAGAGCUGGUGUUUGAGAACGUGGCUAGGGCUAUAAAGAGCGACCAACAGGCUAAAAUACCUCUGAAGAAGAGGGAGUUGAAAAGAAGCGGAGGUUAUGACGUCAGCAAUCACUUCAGCAACGUCAAUCACAACAACAACAACCUUAACAGCAAUGGUAGCAUCAGCACAGGAGGCAUAAUCGUUCGCAACCCUGCCGUCUUGCCAUUGAAGGAACAGCAAAUUAAUGAUGGAGAGAAGGUACCAACAGCCAUCAUUGCUGUCUCACAAGAGCCGAAGGUUGACCAAACGGUGGUACGAGAACAAUACAUAGGUGUUGGAGUUAUCAAAGGUCCCAUUGAGCGAAAGAGGCCAUGGAGUGAAAACGAUAAUUCUUCAAAUGGUCAUCAUGGGAAUGUCUUGAAGACUGAAGAUAGUGUAAGACAGUCUGUCCUUGUUGGGAAAUCCAUGAUUCAGGCAGACAACGGUCCUCUUCCUUGUAGCAUUCCUGAGGAUUUGUCAAAAGACGUUUGCAAUAAAAGCCCAGAUGUGUCUGCGAAAACAUCAAACCUUGUUGAGAAGUCGCCAAUGAUUGAAGAAACCACCACAGUUGAGGAAAAGGUUGAAAAAGCUCACAAUGAAGAUGAGAAAACGGUUGGUUUUUCAGCUGAAGAAAAAACUGAUGUUGUGUUUGAAGACGCCAGCAAAGACAAAAGUCUGAAAAGCCCAAGAAAGAGACGUUCACAAAAGUCCAAAUCCAAGAUGCACGCAAAAGACGACAUGCCAAAAGCAUCCAGCGUUGGGGAGGUUUUGGAGAAGGAUGCUGAAAAAAUCGGACGCAAUGAUGACGAAGAGGUAUCGUCAGAGCUUCAGAAGGAAGGGAUUCGCCUUAAGAUUAAGAUUCCACUUCAUAGACGGACGCCGGAACUCCAGCACAAGGACGUUGAGGAAACGGAAACCAGCAAUCGGAGAUCCCUGCGGAGAUCCGCCAGAAUCUGUAAGCCCAGCCCUAAAGUGGCAGAUAGUCGGGAUAGAAAACAAGACGGAAAACUAACCUCCUCGGCAGCUCAGGACGAAGAGGAACAUGUUGAAGACGAAGAGGCGAAAGUUCAUCCCAAAAGGGAGAUGCACAAAAAAGCAGAUCUGGAAGUACAGCCCAAGAUUUUUAAGGCCAAACGGAGACAUAGGCGGAAACGUUGGUCAAAAAUUCGUACAAAGAAUUGCAAAUCCAAAGCAGCUCAAGAGCAGGAAGAGGAAGUGGUUGACGACAAAGACGCAAAUAAUGAAGACAACAGAUCAGAGAAAGGAGACCACAAGAGUGAGACUGAAUCGGACCAAUCUAACGAGAUUCCACCUGAAGAUGCUUGUAAACACUGUGGACUCGCCAACCACCCAGAACUAAUUCUUCUUUGUGACAUGUGUGACAAUGGAUAUCACACGGCCUGUCUGAGGCCUCCUCUAAUGAUCAUUCCUGAUGGAGAAUGGUUCUGCCCUCCCUGCCAGCAUAAGCUUCUCUGUGAGAGGCUGGAAGAGCAGCUUCAGAAUCUGGACACUGCUUUGAAGAAGAAAGAGAGGGCUGAACGAAGACGUGAGCGGUUAGUGUAUGUGGGCAUCAGUGUGGAAAACAUUAUACCCACCCCGGACGGUGAUGGAGAGGACAGCUUGACCCAGAAGAAAAAAGAUGCCAAGAAAACUAAAAAUCUGGGGCGGCGAUCGACUAGGACGAGGAAAUCCAUCAGUUAUAGAUUUGAUGAUUUUGACGAAGCCAUUGAUGAAGCAAUAGAGGAAGACCUUCAAGAUUCAGAAGGAGGAGGCGCUGGUGGAGGUAAACCUGCGGCGCCCGUCACGAGUCAGCCGAGGAGCGCGGUGAGCCGAGAGAGUCGACGGCCUGUGAAAGCGCCCGCCCCGCGCAAGAGGAAACGCCGGCGACUCAAUGACCUGGACAGUGACAGUACGAUGGACGAGGAGGAGAGUGAGGACGAGUUUCAGCUCAGUGACAGCAUGGAGGAGGAGGAUUUCGUGGUUUCGGGAGAUGGUGCGUCUGACGGUGACGCCGGCUCUUAUGACGGGAGUGAAUGGGGCAGCGGUGAAAGUGACGCAGAGAAUCCACCGGCCUCCAGGAGGACAGGAAGAAGCGCACACACCCUGAGAACCAGGAGGAGCAGACGCAGACCUCCCGCCCGACGAAGAGGCUCCUCAGAAGAAGAGGACAUGUUAGACACGGAGGAAGAGGAGGAGGAAGAGGAAGAGGAAAUGGAAACAGAAGGCUCUAACGAGUUCAGCGACAGCGACGUGGACGUGAAUAGAAGGCGUCCGCGACGGAGUCAGAACUCUCAGGUCAACUAUUAUGAGACGUCAGAGUCUGAAGGGUCACGGAAGGCGUCCCAUCAGAAACACUCCUCUCUUCCUCACCGCCGACGGCUGUCCAGCUCCAACAGUGAAGAGUCCAUACUUUCUAAAGACUUUCAGCCAAAGGAAUCGCUGCGGAGAUCAGAAAAAAGACGCAAGUGCGAUUCGUCAAGGGAAGACUCCAAACACACGCACAAACGAGCAAAACAGAGACAUCCGAGAAGCUCCAGUGAAGACGAGGAGGAGGAGGAAGAGGAGGAAGAGGAUGGAGGAGAAACAGAGGACUCUGAGGAAGACGACCGGCCCCUCCGCAAGAGGUCGAACCGCAUUGAAACAGACGAAGAGGACGAGGAAGAGGAGAACACGCGAGGAAACGUCCGGUGGAAGCACACGGCGGGGUCCCGAGGUCCCGUCAGGCACAACGGCUUGGUCCCUCUGAGGGCCGCAGCUCAGGAUGACGACGACGACGAUGAGGAUGAGGAAGAGUUCACUGGAGUCACGGACCUUGUUAACUUUGUUUUCGACAGUGAACAGUUGUCAUGAUCGGCUCCGAAGGGCAAAUACGUUUAUUUUCUCAUCGCCUUCUCACGGGAAUGUCCCUCAUCAGCCACCGUAGUCUCCUGGGUGUAGUGGACCAAAAAUGAAGCUUCCAGACGAAUAGUGCCCGUUCAGAUGUGUGAAUGCACUCUAGUUCAUCCAGACGCAUGCAUCAUCGCCCUACCGGUUUAGAACAGGGUCUUCUUAAUACUACAGUCACCAUUCCUCAGAGUAAAGCACUUUGUCGUUGACGGCCAGUAUGAGUUUGUUUGUAUAAAGCGGCUUCGCUCGUCCUCUAGAGACACUGGACGGCGCGCAUUUGAAGCUUACGUGUUACGUGCAUUUCAGACUGGUGUUUUAGAGUUUUACAUUCUCUGUAUUAAUGUUUUCUUCUUCAUUGUACAUGAAGGAAAUGUUGGGAUUGACGCGUGAUGCCGAAACUUGCCUAAAUGCAUUCAUUCAGUUUGAGGAAUAGUUGACUUAAAAAUUACAAUUUGCAUAAAUGCAUAAGAACAGAUGUGGAGAAAUGUAGCAUUGCUCACCAAUGGAUCAUUUGCAGCGAAUGGGUGCCGUCAGAAUGAGAGUUCAAACUGAUAAAAGCAUCACAGUAACCCACAUUUUUAACUUCAAACCAUUGCUUCUGGCUAAGAUACGAGUGCAUAAUGCAAAUAACACUUCCUUUAGUUAAAAAGACGUUUGGUCUGAAUCAGAAGAGAAAUAUGCACAGGUCAAAACAGAUUAAUAAUAGAUUUGUUUGUUACAAACAUGCAUUUUUUGGCUUCACAAGAUGGACUGGAGUGCAUUAUUGUAAUGUUUUUAUCAGCUGAUUGGAUUCUGAUGGCACCCAUUAACUGCAAAAUGCUGCGAUGCUGUAUUUCUCCAAAUUUAACGAAGAAAGAAACUCAUCUUGGAUGGCCUGAAGGUGAGUAAAUAUUCAGAAAAUGCUCAUUUUGGAGUAAACUGUUUCUUUAAACUAGUUAGUAGACCAGCAAACACAAGAAGAAACACAUUGAAAGUGAUCUUAAUAUUAAAGAUCUGCCAUUUAGCUGCAAAUCAUUUUAAUUUAAAAGACUAAUAUACUCUCUUUAUCCUGAAAUAACAUUGUAUGUUAUAUUACGAAAGAAUAUUAUUUACUUAUUUUUCCGAUUAGGACGUUUUCUGCACUUUGAAAGCUGUUGCUGACAUUUUAGCACACUUUAAUGAGACAUUCAGUCUGUUUUAAUGUGUCAACCGAAUGCACUUGUCCUCCAAGCACCUUUGACGGUGCCGUUCGGUACCGUAUCGUUGAAAUGUUCUGUUCGACACAGCAGCUUGGAUCGCUCUUUCCACAGAGUUGUUUUUUAGUAUUUACUCCAGGCUGGUGGUGUUUAUGCUGGAAGGUCGUUUGAAUUAGAACACUACGAAAUCAUUCCGACACGAAUCCAACCCAUUACAAACCAAAUCCAAUAUUCAAAACAAACCCCACAGGCACUAGAAUAAUUAUGGUCUUUGCUUUCAGUUUAAAGAAUGUGUUUUUGAGCUGUGUACUACUGGAAUUCGUGUUUUCCUUCUCAUUUUAUUUCACUCUUACUUUCCAGAUGUACGUCUCCAUAUUUCAAGGAAAUUAUUCACCGAACAGAAAUAAACUUAAUGUCGCUGUUUAA